AUGAGAUACAUCUCAGACACAGGGAAAAUAUUAAUGCUGUUGGUCGCACUGACGAUCACAACAUGCCGUGGUAAUCCCUUUGGACAUGGGUUUUCGGAUGAAUAUGACGACUGGUCAGACGUUAAUGUCUUUGGUGAAGACAAUGCUGGCGAUUUUGGUGUUGACUUAGGCAGUGGCUUUGGAGGUCCAACUCCUGGAGGUUUCGGUGGUUUUGGUGGUUUUGGCGGUUUUGGUGGUGACGGAGAUGGCAACACCGAUGGUUACGGUGAUGACAAAGGCGAUGGUCAUGGCGAUGGUGGUGGUGAUGAUGGCAAGGGUGAUGAUGAUGGCGAUGGUGGUGGAGAUGGUGGUGGUGAUGAUGGCAAGGGUGAUGGUGAUGGUGGUGGUGAUGGCGAUGGUGGUGGAGAUGGUGGUGGUGAUGAUGGCAAGGGUGAUGGUGAUGGUGAUGGUGAUGGCGAUGGCGAUGGUGGUGGAGAUGGUGGUGGUGAUGAUGGCAAGGGUGAUGGUGAUGGUGGUGGUGAUGGCGAUGGUGGUGGAGAUGGUGGUGAUGAUGGUGGCAAGGGUGAUGGUGAUGGUGGUGGUGAUGGCGAUGGUGGUGGAGAUGGUGGUGGUGGUGAUGGCAAAGGUGAUGGUGAUGGUGGUGGUGAUGAUGGCAAGGGUGAUGGCGAUGGAGAUGGUAAUGGAGAUGGUGAUGGUGGCGGAGGCGGUCCAGGCGGUAAUUUCGCCGAUUACAUUAAAGGUAUAUUUGGAGAUAAGUCUUCUGGAGACUUUGGAGGUGGUUGGCAAAACGUAACAAGUGAUGAAUUGUAUUCUGGAGGAAAACAAGACAUUAAAAAUGGAUCUGACAUCGUCGUAGAUGGAAAUGUUGAUCAGAAUCAAUUUCACAUUAGUGCCCUGUUUCAAUUAAAAUUAUCAAAAGGGUUAAAUUUCUGUGGGUUCAGAAAAGACAAGAAGCGAGUUUUACCCAAUCCCGAUCAACAACAUCUAUUGACGACGUCAGCCAAAGGAAACUUCAAUUACAAUAAAUUCAUGUUCAACGCUCCAUCUAGAGGGAAAAGAUCCGACUCAAAAAUGACAAGAAAAAGUAAACGGAGCAGUGGCAGCCCCCGUGAUCCACAUGCCAAAUGUGAGUUUUUAGAUAGGAUCGAGUGCAACGCAAAGUCUAAAUUUCGAACUAUCGAUGGAAGCUGCAAUAACUUGGAGCAUCCAUUCUGGGGAAUGGCUGAAACUCCUUUAAUCAGAUUUAUGCCCGCUGCCUAUGAAGAUGGUAAGGGAGCACCUCGAAGUCGGGGGAAAUCUGGAAGACUAUUGCCAAAGCCAAGAGAAAUACGACUAAAAAUCCAUGAGAAAAGUCUUCCAAAGCAUCAGCUUCAAAAUCUGAAUCAUUUUGCGAUGUCCUUUGGACAGUUUCUCAGUCAUGACAUGUUGGAAAACAUAAAAGCGGAAGCACCCGAUGGCGAAGAUCUGGAAUGCUGUGGAAAACACAAACAUGACCCUAACUGUAUUAUGCCCAUUGAUGUUGCUCGUAAUGAUCCACACUUUUCACAGUUUGGAGUGACAUGUCUAAACUUUGCCAGGUCUUUCCCUAGCCCUGAUCUGCAUUGUGAUUACGAUACCAGACAACAGAUUACGGAAUAUACCAUGCCCAUCGAUGUCUCAUCCACUUACGGUUCUAAUGAUGAAGACUAUGAAGGACUUAGAGCAAACAAGUCGGGUCUACUAAGAGUACAGGAACACCCUGUUGAUUAUCUGGAAUUGAUGCCCGUGGAUCCAGAGGGCAAUGGAAGUGAAUGUAGGCCAAAGCAAUUCCAGUGUUUUCUUUCUGGAGAUGGGCGUGUUAACCAAAACAGUGCUUUACUCAUGCAACAUACUGCAUGGCUAAGGGAACAUAAUCGAAUAGCUAGAAGACUAUAUUACUAUAACCCACACUGGAAUGACGAAAGACUAUUUCAGGAGGCAAGACGAAUUGUUGGAGCUCAGUUUCAACAUAUCACUUACAACGAAUACUUGCCCAUAAUCCUUGGCCCUGAAAUGAUGACACGUUUCGAUCUUAACCCAAAGCCACCUGGGGAGUACUUUAAAGGUUAUGACCCCAAGGUGAUGCUGAUGUUAAGAGCGGGCUUUAUGGUGGCUGCUUUUCGAUUUGGUCAUAGCAUGAUAAACGACAAAUUUGGGUUUAGAAAAUCCGACGGAAAUAACACAAGGAUUCCCUUGAGAAAAGAUUUCUUUAAUCCAGACGAACUGUAUAGAAAAGAGGGCUUUGAGGGAAUCGUAAGGGGUUUAUAUAAUGAGCAUUCACAAAGCGUCGACAGAUUCAAAUCAGAGGAAGUAAGCAACCAUUUGUUUGAAGAACAUGGUAAACCAGAAACAGCAAAUGACCUCAUAUCAACCAAUAUCAACAGAGGGCGUGACCAUGGCGUACCUGGUUACAUGGAGUACAGGAGAAUGUGCAAGCUACCCACAUCAGAUAGUUUCUGUGGCCUCAUUGAUCACACGAAAGACGUGAUUGAUCAUCUGAAGCAUGUAUAUGAACAUGUAGAGGAUAUUGACCUCUUUACUGGUGGGGUGACAGAGGAACCACUUCCGGGAGCGGUUGUUGGGCCAACAUUUGCCUGUAUUAUUGCGCUUCAAUUUAAAGCCCUGAAGUUUGGUGACCGCUUUUAUUAUGAAAAUCAUGAUUACCACACAAGGUUUACGAUUCACCAACUUAAUGAAAUCAAGAACGUAACACUCUCCCAAGUCCUCUGUAGAAAUUCAAAGAUAGGAAGGGUUCAACAAGAUGUUUUUAGACAUGGAUCACCUGAGGUGAAUUGUUCAUCCAUUGCAACCGACAUUAAUUUUUCUUUUUGGAAGGAAACCCGCAUACCCCAAACCUAAUCAUAGAUCAUGUAUUGAUGUCUAUUAUUCGUUUGUUAUGUAUUUUACAGCAUAAAAAUGAC